AUGGUAAAUAAAAUCCCUGAUUUGGAUUUGCUUGUUAAUUUAUGUUUCCAAGUACAUUCUAAAACUAGGAAAUUAUUGUUUUCAGACGAAGCAAAGGAUACACAUCAAGAGCAUAUACAUUGGGAUGAUGAUACAUUAUUAGCAUAUCAAUUUGCAAGAUAUGUUACUUCAUUACAUUGUGAAGAAAACUUGAGGUUUUUAAUUGAAAUCUUCAAGUAUGAAUAUCUUUAUGAUUUAAUUCAUCCAAACAAUGAUAACAUCAGGUUAAAUACUCCAUCACCUAAACUAGCAUAUUUGAGUGUUUCACUGUCAAGAUCCAUCGAUAGACUUGCAAAUUCUUCAAAGUAUACAAAAAAAAUUACCCGUCUGCAUUCCUUACAAAAGACCACAUCUGGACUGUCUGCGAACACUGUUGAUCAUGAACCUACUUCAGUAUUUGUUUCUAGUAUUGAUGAUAUGGGCGAACCAAAUUUGUAUAAGGAAGCAACUACGAAUGUAUGGGAUGAUUUAAUGGAGAAGGAAAUUGGAGCUAUUUCCGAUGAAAGCUCAUUAGAAGAAGAAUUAAUAAUCGAUACAAGUCAUAUUUCCGAUGAAACUACUUUGAAGCUUAAUCGAGAAUUGAUGGCCCAAUGGGAUCACAUUGUACAACAUUAUAUUGAUGAAGAUGCUCAAGAACAAAUCAACAUUUCCAAUAAAGCAUAUAGAGAAAUUCUUUCAGAAGAUCUUGGACCAAAGGGAGUUAUUCAUAACCCAAUAACUCUUUUGAGGGCAAAGAAUGAAGUUUUAAGACUUAUCAAAGAAAAUGCAUACACUAGAUUUGUUAAAUUAAUACAAAAUGAAGAACCAUCAAAUAGAUGUUUGGCUCUUCAAUUACCAUGUUGCACGGAAAAUUCUUCAAAACAGCUGUCCUUUAGAACAUCGAGCUCUUCUCUAUCUAGCUCAUCACCAUAUAAUUCUAUUUUGAAUUCACCACAUCAACUGUUGACCAACCUACAAGCUGCUGAUUCUACAAGUACUAUAUUGGGUACUAACGCACUUUCAAACAAAAAGACACAUACAAGAACGAUGUCUAAUCUGUUGAAUACCGAUCUGACACCAAAUAAUUCUGCGAAUAGAUCCAUACCUAUUACACCAAAUGCAUCACCAAUGAUUACGCCGGUUCAAUCGAGUUCUCAACAAAAAUACAAAUCGAAGUCGCAUAGACUUCGUCACCUUGCAUCACCAACUUCAUCGUCUGGUUCUUCUUCUUCUUCUCUUUCUGCAUUUUUGGGUCAUCUUAAACUUAAUUCAGGUAGUAAUCUGGGAAGUCAACAACAUUCUCAAAGUUCAAGCCCUGUUUAUGGAGAACCAAAGAGUGAUUUACGUCCAGGAUCUCCAAAUUCUACUGUGAGCAAUUCAUAUGAAGAAGGUGUUAAAACUAAAUUUGGAAGAAUGUGGAAAAUCAAAAAAUAA